AUGUCGGCAUUCAAACAGCACAUGCCCCUUGCGAAGUACUCGCUGCGGAUGUGUCUGACUUUUCUGUCGUGGGUUCCCGUGGUCUACGUCGUGACAGAGCACGUCGCUUAUAUAGGAAAGAUUGAGGGAAUGUCAAUGAAGCCCACCUUCAACCCGCCAGAGUCGCCCAAUACUCGAAACCACGUGCUCUUGUGGAAGUGGGGGGUCACCAACAUCAAUAAUUUGGAGGUUGACGACGUUGUUUUUCUACGGUCGCCAAUAGACCCUGAAAAAAUAUACACAAAGCGAAUAAAGGCCAAGCAGGGAGAUCUCGUGGUACCGCGGUACCCCGACACACGGUCGCGCGUGCUGGUGCCGGUAAACCAUAUUUGGGUCGAGGGUGACAACGUGCACUCGAUUGACUCGAACACAUACGGGCCUGUGAGCACGGGGCUUGUGAUAGGCAAGGCGACGUAUUUAAUCUGGCCAUUGGACAGGUUUGGCCCCAUUCCGCUGGGAGGAAGAGAGUGCCGGGAGGCCAAGCUCCGUCACAGCUACAAAGAAUAA